AUGGCAGCUGCGAGCAGGCUGCAACGGGAGCUGCGGGAGCUGCUGAAGAGCGCCUCGGACGACCUGGGCAUCCACCUGGAGCCGGACCCGACGACGCUGUUCCGAUGGCGCGCGGUGAUCCAGGGACCACCGGGCACGCCCUUUGAGGGCGGGAGCUUCCGUCUCGCCCUCACCGUUCCGGAGGGCUACCCGCACCAGCCCCCCAUGGCCAGGUUCGAGACCCCGAUAUUCCACCCCAACAUCCACUUCAAGACUGGCGAGGUGUGCCUCGAUAUCCUCAAGAGCAAGUGGACGCCCGCCUGGGGCCUCCUCUCCACCACGCAGGCCAUCCUCGCCCUCCUGUCGGACCCGGCCGCGGAGUCGCCGCUCAACUGCGACGCGGGCAACCUGCUGCGCGCGGGCGACACGGCGGGGUUCGAGGCGCUGGCGCGCAAGUACACGCUCGAGCUGGCGCAGCCGCCGAAGAGCAGAGAGGCGGGGGCUGGAGCGGGCGGGGGCGCGGGGGCGGGGGACGGCGGGCUGUGGCUGGUGAUGGCGGUGCUGGUGCUGGCGGGGGUCGCGCUGUUGUACCUGCGGGUGCAGGGGGUGUCGGUGAUGUGA